AGUAAUUGCCUGCAUCUCGUACAUCUCGUACAAAACCCAGAGGCACGCGGGUUUGCAUUCAUUUACUAGAGGUCUCCCUCUUCUGGAUAGAAGAAAUGCAUGUCGGGGGGCUCAUCCGUUCAUUCGAACGCAGUAAGUACUUAUUUUGGCGGAGUGGAGGCGUGUGUAUUUUUGAAUAAACUGGAUUUGAAGUCUCUUAAAGCACAGUAUUCCAGGGCUGCGGAAAAAUGAUGUUGCCCAUUUAAGAAUUUGAAGCCUUUCCCGCGAAGGCUUGGCUAUUCAUUUCAGGGGGGUUGUUGUCGCCCCCUAGAGGUAGUAUUGGCUUAUCCACUGCUGACAAGAUUUUUUUUUCCCUUCGUCUUCAUAUUCAGAACGAGGCUGGAAGGCUGUGCUGCAUUCCGCUUCAUUCAUGUUAAGGAGCAGCAGAUACGCUGUGGUUAGGAGCUCCUUCUCGGAAAGAAUCAGCCACGAGUUUUGGAAUGUAAUUAUGGCAAGGAUACCAAUCCCGGGAUCGCUUGUAUUCGGGAUCUCUGUUUUGUUGCUGCAGAUGCUCCUGAUGAUAUAGAUGACAGAUCCAGACAAAGAGAAAAGGACGUUGGAUCAAUAGUCCCUCCCCUACCCUUGUUUCCCUUCCCUUCCAUCCCUCACGCCUUUCCUCGUCAACUGGAACUCAUCUGACAGUGGAAGGAGAAAGUGGUACACAAGGGGGAGCAAAUAUGAAACCACUUCCUUGCAAAAGGCUUUACUUGUCUUUCCUGUGGAACUUGCUGUUUUUGGGAGUGACUGUCUCAUCGAUGGUGGCUGGGAGCCCGAAACUGUUCAAAACGUUCUCGGUCAGUGACUGGGGUUUAACUCAUUUGGUGAUCCACAAUAAAACCGGCGAUGUGUAUGUUGGUGCUGUGAACCGGAUUUACAAACUCUCCAAUAACCUCACUCUAUUAAGAACUCACAUGACCGGCCCGGUAGAUGACAAUGAGAAAUGUUACCCUCCACCCAGUGUGCAGUCAUGUCCCCAUGGCUUAGUAGUUACCAACAAUGUCAACAAAUUGCUGCUUGUGGACUACACUCAGAAUCGCCUGAUUGCUUGUGGCAGCGCCUCUCAGGGUAUCUGCCAGUUUUUAAGGCUUGAUGACCUGUUCAAGCUUGGGGAGCCUCACCACCGAAAAGAACACUACCUCUCUAGUGUCAACGAAUCGGGUACCAUGUCUGGGGUCAUCAUUAAAGGCACCAAUGAGAUGAACAACAAACUGUUCAUUGGGACGCCCAUCGAUGGCAAGUCGGAAUACUUUCCUACCCUCUCUAGUCGAAAGUUGAUGGUGAAUGAGGAGAAUGCUGAUAUGUUCAGCUUUGUCUAUCAGGAUGAGUUUGUUUCCUCCCAGCUGAAAAUCCCCUCGGACACACUGUCCAAAUUCCCUGCUUUUGACAUUUACUACAUCUACAGUUUCAGCAGCGAGCAGUUUGUGUAUUACCUUACCCUUCAACUGGAUACCCAACUGACCUCCCCUGAUGCCAGCGGGGAGCAGUUCUUCACGUCCAAAAUUGUGCGUCUCUGUGUGGACGACCCCAAAUUCUACUCCUAUGUGGAGUUUCCAGUUGGAUGCACCAAAGAUGGAGUGGAGUACCGACUCAUUCAGGAUGCCUUCCUUACCAAGCCUGGCAAGCAUUUGGCCAGGUCACUGGGGAUAUCAGAGAAAGAGGACAUCUUAUUCACGGUCUUCUCACAGGGUCAAAAGAACCGGGCUAAACCACCUAAAGAGUCAGCAAUGUGCCUGUUUACUUUGAGGAAAAUUAAGGAGAAAAUUAAGGAGCGGAUUCAGUCGUGUUACAAGGGAGAUGGAAAGUUGUCCCUACCCUGGCUGCUGAACAAGGAGCUUGCCUGCAUUAACUCGCCUCUUCAGAUUGACGACAAUUUCUGUGGGCAAGAUUUUAAUCAGCCGCUGGGCGGGAUCAACACCAUUGAAGGAAUCCCCUUGUUUCUCGACAAAGAUGAUGGAAUGACCUCUGUGGCUGCCUAUGAAUACCGAGGGAACACCGUUGCCUUUGCUGGGACACGGAAUGGCAAAAUGAAAAAGAUUUUGGUGAACUCUGUGAAUCCAGCACAGCCAGCUCUUAUGUAUGAGAAUAUCGUUGUGAGUGAAGGAAACCCCAUCUUGCGGGACCUUCUCUUCAGUCCGGAUUUCCAGUACAUCUACACCAUGACAGAGAAGCAGGUGAGCAGAGUGCCCGUGGAAAGCUGUGAACAAUACAAGAGCUGCACGGAGUGUCUUGGGUCCAAGGAUCCUCACUGUGGCUGGUGUGUCCUCCAUAACAUUUGUUCCCGCAAAGACAAGUGUGAUCGUGCAGACGAGCCCCAGCGCUUUGCUUCUGACCUGCGCCAAUGCGUCGAACUCGGCAUCCAGCCCAAGAACAUCUCCGUAACCAUGUCGGAGGUCCAGCUUGUUCUUCAGGCACGCAAUGUUCCCGAUCUCACCGCUGGUGUCAACUGCACUUUUGAAGAUUUCACAGAGACUGAGGGACAGAUUGAAGGGCCUUUUAUCUACUGCUUGUCUCCAUCUGCUAAGGAUGUCAUCCCUAUUACAAGGGGACAGGGGGACAAGCGUAUUGUGAAGCUAUAUCUAAAAUCCAAGGAAACUGGGAAGAAGUUUGCCAGCGUUGACUUUGUAUUUUACAACUGCAGCGUUCACCAGUCGUGCCUGUCAUGUGUGAAUGGGACCUUUCCAUGCCACUGGUGCAAAUACCGACACGUUUGUACUCACAAUGCUGCAGACUGCUCUUUCCAAGAAGGUCGAGUCAAUGUGUCUGAGGACUGUCCACAGAUCCUGCCAUCCACCCAGAUCUACAUUCCAGUGGGGGUUGUGAAGCCGAUCACACUUACUGCCAAGAACCUUCCUCAGCCACAGUCUGGCCAGCGGAAUUACGAGUGCAUCUUCCACAUCCAGGGAGCGGUCAUCAGUGUCACGGCUCUGCGCUUUAACAGCAGCAGCAUCCAGUGCCAAAAGACAGCGUAUUUCUAUGAGGGUAACGAUAUCAGCGAUCUUCCCGUUGAUUUGUCCGUGGUAUGGAAUGGGAACUUUGUUAUCGACAAUCCGAGAAAUAUUCAAGCCCACCUGUACAAGUGCAGUGCCCUGCGGGAGAGUUGUGGCAUGUGCCUGAAGGCUGAUCCACGCUUUGAAUGUGGCUGGUGCAUUCAAGAGAAGAAGUGUUCCUUACGGCAGCACUGCUUACCCCCUGAAAACAGCUGGAUGCAUGCCAGUGCUGGAAAUAGCAGGUGCACUGAUCCCAAAAUUCUGAAGCUGUCACCGGAAACUGGGCCUCUGCAAGGCGGCACCAAACUUACCAUCACUGGCGAGAAUCUGGGCCUCACCUAUCAAGACAUUAAGUAUGGAGGCGUACGGGUGGGAAAGGUGCAAUGCACUCCCAUUUUGGAGGAAUAUGUCAGUGCUGAACGGAUUGUGUGUAUAAUCGAAGAUGCCACUGGAUACAGGAUUCAGGACGCCCAUGUCGAAGUGUGUGUGCGUGACUGCAGUAUGGACUACCGUGCCGUUUCUCAAAAGACCUUUACUUUUGUGACUCCAAACUUCUUCCGGGUAAACCCACCUAGAGGCCCCUUAUCUGGAGGGACGCGCAUCACAAUUGAGGGGAACCAUCUUAGUGCCGGCAGUGCAGUGACCGUCAAUAUUGGUCUGAACCCCUGCAGAUUUAUCAGGAGAUCACCUCGAGAAAUUGUAUGUAUAACUCCUGCUGGUCAAAAUCCUGGAGGAGCCCCAGUGAUGGUCAAUAUUAACUGGGCAGAGCUGCGGAACCCUGAGGUCAAGUACAACUAUACUGACGAUCCAACCAUCUUGAGAAUUGAACCAGAAUGCAGCAUUGCCAGUGGUGGAACACCUCUAACCAUAACCGGAACCAAUUUAGGCACCAUCAAGGAUCCCAAGAUCAGAGCCAAAUAUGGCAUUGCAGAAAGCAUCAAUAACUGCACCGUCUUCAAUGACAGCACCAUGGUUUGCUUGGCUCCUUCUGUCAAUCGUACCGACAAGAUCAUCUCAGAGAAUGGAGACCGGCCUGAUGAGAUCGGCUUCAUCAUGGACAACGUGCAGUCCUUACUUGUCAUCAAUUCAACAUCCUUCGUUUUUUACCCUGAUCCAGACUUUGAUGAGCUUAGCCAGUCUGGAGUUUUGGAGCUCAAACCAAGCUCACCUCUUAUUCUCAAGGGUCGGAACCUGAUACCACCUGCCCCCAGCAACUUUCGACUCAAUUACACAGUGUUCAUUGGUGACACACCCUGCGUGCCAACGACGUCGGAGACUCAGCUGCUCUGUGAGUGGCCAAACCUCACUGGUCAGCAUAAAGUCACAAUUAAAGCUGGAGGUUUCAAGUAUUCCCCAGGAGUAGUACAGAUCUACUCUGACAGUCUUCUGACUCUGCCGGCAAUAAUUGGCAUUGGCGGUGGUGGUGGUCUGCUCCUUCUCAUCAUCAUAAUUGUCCUUAUUGCAUACAAACGCAAAUCUCGUGAUGCAGAUCGCACUCUCAAGCGUCUCCAGCUUCAGAUGGACAACCUUGAAUCUAGAGUAGCUUUAGAGUGCAAAGAGGCUUUUGCAGAGCUUCAGACGGAUAUCCAUGAAUUAACAAAUGACCUGGAUGGAGCAGGAAUUCCUUUCUUGGAUUACCGGACUUAUGCUAUGCGUGUGCUUUUUCCUGGGAUUGAGGAUCACCCUGUUCUCAAAGAGAUGGAGGUGCAGGCAAAUGUUGAAAAAGCCCUGACCUUGUUUGGACAACUACUAAAUAAGAAACACUUUCUUUUGACUUUCAUUCGAACCCUGGAGGCCCAACGAAGCUUCUCGAUGCGCGACCGAGGCAACGUGGCUUCACUCAUCAUGACUGCCCUCCAAGGCGAGAUGGAAUAUGCCACUGGCGUCCUCAAGCAGCUCCUCUCUGACCUCAUCGAGAAAAACCUGGAGAGCAAAAACCACCCGAAGCUGCUCCUGAGGAGGACUGAAUCGGUUGCAGAGAAGAUGCUGACAAACUGGUUUACCUUUCUGCUCUAUAAAUUCCUGAAGGAAUGUGCUGGGGAGCCCCUCUUCAUGCUCUAUUGUGCUAUCAAGCAACAGAUGGAGAAAGGACCUAUAGAUGCCAUUACAGGUGAAGCCCGGUACUCCUUGAGUGAAGACAAACUCAUUCGACAGCAGAUUGACUACAAGACGCUGACUCUCCACUGCGUAAAUCCAGAAAAUGAAAAUGCCCCAGAGGUCACAGUGAAAGGGCUCAACUGUGAUACCAUUACUCAGGUGAAAGAGAAAAUACUGGAUGCUGUUUAUAAAGGAAUGCCAUACUCCCAGAGGCCUAAAGCCGCGGACAUGGAUCUUGCAGAGUGGAGGCAGGGGAGAAUGGCACGCAUCAUUUUACAGGAUGAAGAUGUGACAACCAAGAUUGACAAUGACUGGAAAAGAUUAAACACGCUGGCUCACUACCAGGUUAAUGACGGGUCCAUAAUUGCUUUAGUUCCAAAGCAAAAUUCUGCAUACAACAUCUCCAAUUCCUCUACUUUCACCAAAUCCCUUAGCAGAUACGAGAGUAUGCUUCGUACUGCCAGCAGCCCAGACAGCCUGCGCUCCCGCACACCUAUGAUCACGCCGGAUCUGGAGAGCGGCACAAAACUCUGGCAUCUGGUCAAGAACCAUGACCACACGGAUCAGCGCGAAGGCGACAGAGGCAGCAAAAUGGUUUCAGAAAUCUACUUGACACGUUUACUGGCAACCAAGGGUACCUUACAGAAGUUUGUUGAUGACCUUUUUGAGACGAUAUUCAGCACAGCACACCGUGGCAGUGCCCUUCCUCUAGCCAUCAAGUACAUGUUUGACUUCUUAGACGAGCAAGCGGAUAAACACCAGAUCACAGACUCGGAUGUUCGACACACCUGGAAGAGUAAUUGCCUACCUCUCCGAUUCUGGGUAAAUGUAAUCAAAAACCCCCAGUUUGUGUUUGACAUUCAUAAGAACAGCAUUACAGAUGCCUGCCUGUCAGUGGUGGCUCAGACCUUUAUGGACUCAUGCUCAACAUCAGAGCAUAAACUAGGGAAGGAUUCACCCUCCAACAAGCUUCUCUAUGCGAAAGACAUUCCAAACUACAAAAACUGGGUCGAGAGGUACUAUUCAGAUAUUUCCAGAAUGCCAGCAAUCAGUGAUCAGGACAUGAGUGCCUACCUGGCCGAACAAUCCCGACUACACCUGAGCCAGUUCAACAGCAUGAGCGCCCUGCACGAGAUUUACUCCUACAUUGUCAAGUACAAAGAUGAGAUCCUCUCAGCUUUGGAAAAAGAUGAACAAGCCCGGAGGCAAAGGCUGAGGUGCAAGUUGGAGCAGGUCAUCGACACCAUGGCUCUGAGCAGCUGAAGCUUUGCUGGCACUGUUGAACUGACAGGAGAAACUUCUCGAACACAGAUUCCAAAUUGCGUGGGAAACUGAAGCAGUGCACUCUGGAUCCCGCAGGGCUGGGCAUAUGUAGCCUGUCUCAAGUAAAAAAUGUGUUUCAAACGCUACAAACGUUUCAAGGACAAAUUUUUAAACACGCUUGAAUAGCAAAGGCGAAGAACUGCUGAGGCAUGGCGCAUUUUGUGACUAUGGGAGUGGUUCCUCUGGUCAUGUGAUCCAAUCACGUGGUAAAGCCUGGAUGGGACUUGAAUCUCAAGGAAUUUUUUUUUCUUUUCUUUUUUUUUUUUUUUUGUGGUUUUUGUUUG